AUGACGGGUUUUUUUGGAUUUUAAGGGGGGGGUUUUGGGGUUUAUCAGAAGGGUCUGGCCGUUUUUAGGCUUUUAAACACUCUACCCUGCCCUAUCUUACCCCACGCAACCCUUAAAAUUAGAAAAAAUUUUUUUUUAUUUUUGGAAGAAACUUUCUUUCCAAAAUUAAAAUUCUUUUUUUUUCAAAUUUUGAAAAAAUUUUAAAUUUUACAAAUAAUUUUUAAUAAAAUUAAAAAUUUUCUAGACUCCGGAAGUGUAUCAGGAUUCUUCGGCCGUCAACGUUCUCUCCGUGCUCAGCGUUCCGUUUGCGGCACUGGCUCUUCGCCCUCGGUCCCACAAAAACAACUGAGUGUUGAUGAACAUAAAUUGAGUCUCGGAAGUCAUGGAUAUGCACAGGUAAUUUGAUUUUUUGUUUUUUUUAUUUUUGGUCCAUUAUGUUUUGGCAUUUCUCAAAUUUUCGUAAAUUUUGGGCAUUUGUUGGGGUUUUUUGGUCGUUUUUUAAAAAAUUUUGAAAAUUUAGAUAACAAAUAAUAUGAUCUUAUAAAUUGCCAUUGUUUUGUGUAUCUAAUUUCAAACAGCCAUAAUCUCUGAGUCAUUACAAGAAGAGUACUGUAACUAUUUGUAAGCUUCACCCCCAUAAUUUUCAUUUUUUUGGCAAUUUUUUAAAUUUUCAGUUGAUUUUUUUGCAGUGACAAAGAACUAAAAUAACACACAAAAUUUUCAUUCUUUUAUUGACCUAAAUCCAAAAAAUCAUCUAGUUUCAUCAACCUCAACAUUAGUUAUGACAAUUUUUUGUGGCAUCAUUUACCUCUGUAACUAGAUCUAUUUUUUCAGUUUUUGGUCGAUUUUAAUGAAAUUUUUAAAACUUUUCAAAAAAUAGAAUCAAAUUUAAAAUUUUAAUUUUAUUAUCACCCUGAAUCCAUGAAAUGUUCCGGUUUCAUUAACUCCAACAUUAAUUAUGACAUUUUUUAGGCCCCAUUUGCCUCGCCGCCAGCUCCAGCUUUAGGCUUGAAACGACUCAAUCCAAAGGCACAUUCACUUCAACGUUCCUGCUCAGAAGCCCAUUCAGAUUCGAUGAAUGCCAAACAUUUGUUAGCCGUAUCAACAGCGACUGAUGUCAGGAGUCGGCGGAAUAAUCGUCGACCCUCUUCGUACGCGGUGGCUUUUCGUGGAUCGCAACAAAGUGGCAGUGAGUUGCCGUUUUUAAAUUUUUCAUUGCCGUGUAUGGUCAACAGACGUAUUUUACUGAAAAUGAAAAUCAAAUCUGAUUUUAAAGUUGCAUUUUGUUAAUUUAAACCAUUUUUAAUGCUUCAAACACAAUGCCAAGAAAAAACAUUUUUGGCGGAAAAUUUAAAAUUCGAAUUUUUUUAAUUGAAUUUGGCAUUUUUGAAUAUAAAUUAACUAAUCAAGCAUAG